CGUUACAGGCCCAGAGCACCACCAAUCCGCGCCUUGAUUCCUGAUGUUCGAAUUACGCCCUGAAAGACUUCUCAUGUUCAGCUAAUUGUCCUUGCUGCGGCAUGUUAAGUAUCUGUGCCUACAAUACCGAUGGAGGGCCUGAAGAAACCACGCGCGAAGCACGCGUGUAGGGAGUGCAACUCGCGACGAAUCCGCUGCAAUGUCACCGAGCGCCACCCAUGUUCGAAUUGCGAGACAGCACAGGCGACUUGUGAAGUCAUUCCGUCGCGAAGAGGCCGGUAUCUACGGAAAUCCAAAAGGCAGAAGCAGACGGAAGAGGCCGCAUCGGCGACCCCGGAGCCCGCUGCCCCCGUCGCGUCGUCCGCGCUCACCGCUGAUGUCGCCGCGACGCUCGCUUCCAUGAGUACCGUGUCUCCAUCGCAUGGACUCGGCGGCUCUUCUGGGGUAUCACAGACUCCUUUUCACGCUGAGACGCCUGCUUCGUGUCAUUCCUCCUCAGGGACUACGGGCGGCAGCCGGUUCUUCGGAGAGUCAAACUUCAUCACGCUGGUUCCUGGAGCAUCGGGACCCGGAAAUGAGGCUGCGACAAGGGAUGGGGUAUUGAAGGGUCGUCUUACAUUUCCAGUGCCACAGACGCCGCAAUCUCAUGACCUGGCUACUUCGCCUGCCAGUGUGAGUAUUACUAUGAGCUCUGCGACGGAGCGAUACCUUCGGGAUGAGGGAGCGCUCACCUUCCCUGACAUGCAGAGCUGUCUACCAGCUUUGCAUGCUUACUUCGCUUGGUUUCACCCUUGCUUUCCCAUUCUUGACCGCGCAGAUAUCGCGAGGCGGCUCGUGACAAUGGAUAUCUCGCCGCUCUUAUUGCAAGCGAUGCUUUUCAUCGGUUCGACGUAUUGCGACGAGGCAACAAUUCUUGGCAUGGGCUUCAAAGACCGGUCCGAGGCUAAGGUUCUGACAUACUCUCGCGCGCGAGUUUUGUUUCAUGCCAAUUGGGAGAAAGAUGAGUUCACUCUGAUACAAUCGCUGUUUCUAUGCAGCUUCUGGAGAGGUGGGCCGACGGAUUGGAGAGACGUGAGGUAUUGGCUCGGCGCCGUUCUAACCCUCGCCCAAACACAUGGUCUCCAUCGCUCAACUCGAUUCAUCACGAAAGAUCCCCAUUUCGCUCGGAUGAGAAGAAGAGUCUGGUGGUCAAUCUACGUCCGCGAACGUCAAGCAGCUGUGUCACUUGGGCUACCUUGUCGAAUUCGCGAUGAGGAUUGUGACAUAGAGCCACUGACUGCUGCUGAUCUGGAGGAUGACGCUGACGAACAGCAAGCAACUGGUUUCGGUGCACCGAAGUCAGAGCACAUCCAUUAUGCUAUCAAGAUGAUUGAAAUUGCUCGCCUUCUCGGGAGAAUCAUGGAUACCCACUUUGCGCCUGGUCGAGGUCCUCCAGCACCGACAGAAGUUCAUGAGUUGAAGCAGCAGCUGGAGGAUUGGAAGCAAAAUCUACCGGAUGAGAUGCGGAGAGGACCUGACGAUGGGCAGUCUUCGGUCUUGACCUGCUUAAUCCACCUUGCAUACAAUCAUCUACGCAUUCUUGUGCAUCGAAACGGAUGGCUGCGGAAUAGAGACCAGGAAGACAAGAGCGCAGCUCUUGCCGCCGCCUGUCGCAUAAGUCGCAUUGCCGAAGACAUGCUCGCGCAGAAGACCUUGCAAUAUGGCCAAAUGCACCUACUUACUAGCCUGUUUGCGGCUUUCUGCAUACAUGCAAUCGACAUCAAGUCUGCGGACGGCAUCAGUCGCCGACUUGCCGAACAUAGAGCUGAGAUGUGUCUUCUUGGCCUCAAAGAAAUUCAGAAGUACUGGCGCAUCAACAAUAAUGUGCUCGAUCUCUUUCUGCAGUACCUUGACGAAUCAAUUGCCAAGAGACUCAACGGCGACAGCACCGAACCUGCACCGACGAACACACUACCCAGUUCUAUCACGGGUCUUGGUCCGUUCAACAACCCAGAAGCCAGCCCACCGGUGACACUACUUCAUGACGCUCUUCAGCAAGCUAGGCCUGAGGCAAUGGAGGACCAAUACUUCAGUCUUAUGCGGACGAAUUGGGAAGGCGAAGAUGCUCUCGAAGAUCUCGGGCUAUUCCUGGAUCCCCAACUUUACGCCAACGGGCCAAUGCAGGUAGAAGGUCUGAAUUUCCUCCAGCGUUGCCUGUGAAAGUGGCCGAGAACCCGGCUACCUCUCUGUGAUUUUUUAGGUCUCUGGCGACGCGGAAAGUCUUCACUAGGCCGGCAUGUGUCGCCGUGGAGGGGAGGGACAGUCUGAUUCUCACUCAAUCAUCACUUCGGCUUCUUCUGCCGAGCACAGUAGCUGCUCGGCUUUGUUCAAUGAAUUCUCAAGAAGCCGAAAGCAUAUAGCCGAGCGGCUCGGUUACCCACAGACCUAAGAUCGACGCUGCUC